CCUGUGAUCCCGUGGAGCAAACAGGACGGGAGAAGAUAUCGCGGCAUACAACUCGAGUCAUUUUAAUGUCAAUUAGGUCGGUGGGUUUCCUAAUCUGCUUCCGUAAUUAUAUCUCGUAGGUCAUCACCCCAAUCACCCCAAAGAAAGAGAACAGAAGAACAGAAGAGAAGAGAAGAGAAGCCUUCGAUUGAGGGCUUCGUUGCAGCUAUCCCCAAAAGCCUCCUUUCCCCUCCGAAUCGCGGUUCUCUUAGGUGGAUCCGUCUUUUCGCUUUAGUGGAUUCGCUUCCGGAGAAGAGUAGGAGGAGGAGGGUAGAUCGGAUUUGGGAUUUGUUUGAGGUAGAUCGGGGAUCCGGGGAUGGCUUCGGCGAAGUCGUCCCGAUCUAGGGCUUCCGCCCCCUCCGGGGCGCACCAGGCGACCGUGGGUGGGGGCGAGCAGGAGGCCGGCGUUCAGCUCGCCGACAAGCUGAAGAUCUUCAAGACUGAUAACUUCGAUCCCGAUGCCUACGUGCAGUCCAAGUGCCAGACCAUGAACGAAAAGGAAAUAAGGCACUUAUGCAAUUAUUUGCAAGAUUUAAAAAAAGCUUCUGCAGAAGAAAUGCGCAAGAGUGUUUAUGCUAAUUAUGCAGCAUUCAUAAGAACAUCAAAGGAAAUAUCGGACUUAGAAGGCGAGCUUUUGUCAAUCAAGAAUCUUCUAGGUGCUCAGACAGGUUUAAUUCGUGGACUAGCUGAAGGAGUUAACAUUGAUUCCCUAUCUGCUGGUUCUGAAGGUAGCACAGAGAAUGACAUAUCAAAUGUGGAAGAUCGAGAGCCUUCAGAACUUGAGAAAUGGGUAGAGGAGUUUCCUGAUAUGCUGGAAGUUCUACUAGCUGAAAGGAGAGUCGAUGAAGCAUUAGAUGCCCUGGAUGAAGCAGAACGUUUAGCUGCAGAUGCAAAACAAAAACAAACUCUCGGCACUGCUGAUCUCUCAUCAUUACAGAAUGCUAUAUCAGACCAUCGUCAGAAGUUUGCUGAUCAACUUGCUGAAGCUGCUUGCCAAUCUUCUACUCGUGGCGUCGAACUUCGUGCGGCCGCUGCAGCUCUCAAAAGGCUUGGUGAUGGUCCACGUGCUCACACUUUGCUACUUAGCGCUCAUGAUCAGAGGCUUCAGUACAACAUGCAAGUUAUUCAUCCUACUAAUACUUCUUAUGGAGGAGCAUAUACUGCUGCACUGUCACAGCAAGUCUUUUCUGCCAUUGCUCAAGCUUUAAAUGACUCUCAAGCUGUCUUUGGGGAUGAAUAUGCAUCGGAACUGGUUAUUUGGUCUACAAUGCAAGCAGAAGCCUUCGCGCAUCUUGUAAAGAGGUAUGCACUAGCCUCAUCAGCUGCAGCUGGAGGUUUAAGAGCUGCUGUGGAGUGUGUUCAAAUAGCCAUUGGAUAUUGUUCUCUGCUCGAAGCUUGUUGGAGGUUGUCACUGUCUUCUGUUCUUCUGAAACUAUUUAGGCCUAGUGUUGAGCAAGCACUAGAUGCUAAUUUAAGAAGAAUUGAAGAGAGCACUGCUGCCUUGGCAGCUGCAGAUGAUUGGUUACUUAGUUAUCCACCUACAGGUGCACGUACAUCAAAUAGAACAUCUACAGUGGUUCUGGGUGUCCAACCCAAGCUUUCAAGCAGUGCUCAUCGGUUUUAUUUGAUGGUUCAGGAUUUUUUUGAGGAUGUGGGACCACUUUUGAGCAUGCAGUUAGGGGGUUCCUCCAUGGAUGGUCUUUUAAAGGUCUUCAACUCAUAUAUCAGUUUGCUGAUUAAUGCAUUGCCAAGUUCAAUGGAGGAGGAGACAAAUUUGGAUGGUCCUGUGAGUAAACUUGUUCGAAUAGCAGAGACUGAAACACAACAAUUGGCUUUAUUAGCAAAUGCAUCUCUGUUGGCAGAAGAUUUGCUUCCUCGAGCAGUCAUGAAGCUUUCUCCAUUGUAUCAGUCUGGUGUCAUGGAAGAUCCUCGUAAACGAGGGUUGGAGAGAAACACUCGUAUGCCAGAACAAAGAGAAUGGAAAAAGAAACUGCAGCGAUCUGUUGAUAGGUUACGUGAUAGUUUUUGUAGGCAGCAUGCUCUUGAUCUUAUAUUCACAGAAGAUGGUGAUACUAAUCUAGGUGCAGAUAUGUAUCUAAAUAUGGAUAUGAAUUCUGAAGAGCAAGAAUGGACUCCUUCUCCAAUAUUUCAGGAAUUAUAUGCGAAAUUGAAUAGAAUGGCAAGCAUAGCGUCAGAUAUAUUUGUUGGUAGGGAAAGAUUUGCUACAUUGCUAAUGAUGAGACUCACAGAAACAGUCAUACUAUGGCUUUCAGAAGACCAGAGCUUUUGGGAGGAUAUUGAAGAGGGACAAAGACCUUUGGGUCCCUUUGGUCUACAGCAGUUUUACCUGGAUAUGCAGUUUGUGAUCCUUUAUGGCCAAGGCCGAUUCUUGUCUCGUCAUGUGCAUCAAGUUAUUGUAGACAUUAUUGAAAGAGCUAUGGCUGCAUUUUCUGCAACUGGAAUGAAUCCAGACAGUGUUCUCCCAAGUGAUGAUUGGUUCUUUGAUGUUGCUCAAGAGACCAUUAGUAGGAUUAGUGGGAAAGCAAGAUUUGGUAACGGAGAGAGAGACUCUAACAGCCCAACUGCAUCUAUCUCAGCUCAGUCCAUAUCAUCAGUUAGAUCCCAUGGGAGUUCCUAGUGUGCAGCUUCUCUCGUAGGCAGGUCCUUGUAUAAUAAGCAGCGGUUUGUUUGUUUGUUUUCUUUGCCCUGUUACAUUUCUAUGUUUGUCUUAGGUAAUUGUGGUUCAUGCUUAGCAAAUCAUCUGAUUUUUUGGAGUUUUGAGUCCCAAGCUCCAGCCUGUACCAUUCUUUUCACCUUGGAAUUAAGAAUCAUUUAUUCAUUUGUCACAUGAGAGGACAAAUGGAAUGUACCUUGUCUUGUACGAUUAUACUCUACAUUGUUAGUUCUAAUUAUGGAUGAAUGUGCAUUCUUUCUGA